AUGGCUCCAAAGUGGUUUUCGCAAAGCGAUGACAGCUCCAACCAACAUUCAGAUACCGUGGCUUUCACUACAUCCGACCCAACGCCCAAGAAGACCUCGCGUCUAUCAGCAACUUUUGGCGCCGACUCGAGGCCGUGGAACUUCAUGAGCUCUUCAUCCGACCGCAGUUCAUCGUCUUCCCGAAAACGGCUGUCACUGUUCGGCGCCCGUAAUUCCACAGCCUCGUCAGCGGACAUAUUCUCGUCGGGUCAUUCUUCGCCUCGAGAUUCCGCUUUCGUCCAACCUGGUCGAUCUGAAAUUUCCCACCGUCCCGAGUCUCGCUUCAGCAUCGACUCAAAGUCGACAACCAUCGCCGUACCGCCUACAGAUAACUGGCGCUCAUCUGUUUNNUUUUCCCUGAGGCGUUCGUCCAAAGCUUCAAAGGGCUCAGAUCCCAAGGAUGAGACUCUACUGCGAUGGCUACGUAGCGACAGUCGCACGUCGAGCUGGAGACGUGAGUCUACAGAUUGUGACAGGGAGCACGAGUCAGAUGAAACCUGUAAGUCGAAGAAGAACAUCUCGGCACCCUUCAACUUCCAGCAUGUCACACACACCCAGCAGGAACAGCUGCCACAGUUAACAGCCGUCACCGACAGCGAGCUUGUCUCCGAAUUCUGGGCUGCUUCGGCCUUCCAAGCUCCCAGAAGCGAACUUCGCGGUAUUAAAGCAGACCCUGUGGAUAGCAGCUAUCGUGUCCGCGCAAUUGAGAGGAGACCAUCUACCGCUUCAUCAGUUCGCUCCGACUCCUUCGCUCAGAGACAGCGCGGCUUGAGCUUUACUUCGUCUGUGCAUGAACUCGACAGCACUCCUCGUACUCCUCGCGAUGCCGAGUCUCCCGUCGACGAGAGAGCACGCUCAUUGUCGCUCAGCUCGAGAACGUACAGCUUCUCCUCCCGACUAGAUCUACCCUCGCGAGAAAGACUGGCUGCGUUGGGAGCAGAGCAGAGAGAGCCUCCUACCAUGGUCCAUCCCGCUCUGCGCACGCCUCCCCCACCCACGUUUGAGCGCACAUCCAGCCAGCCCCAAGUUUUCGAACUUCCUGGCACCAGUCUCGAGUCGGUUCCUGAAGAAAUGGAAGGUUGCGGACCUAGCCCAGCAAAGCUUCCUCGAGCAAAGGCUAUGCUGGAUCUAUCGCCCCUUGUCUCGCCCAAGCUUUCCCCAAGAUCGUCACCAUCUCUCAAUACGACUGCUCGUCCAAGGAAUAGUCUUGUAUUUACGCCGUUUCCUGUUGGCAACGCCUUUGCACAAGCACAUGGAGGCUCCGGUGCUGAAGUACCCAGAACCUCUUCUGAGAGCCGUCUCUCUUUCAGUGUUGAUGGCAAUGUACCCAGCCUGACCUCGGGCGAAUCUUGGGAGAACGAUAUUGACUUCUGCUACCUAGUAGAGGCUGAGUCAUCGUGCGACUUCGAUUGGGAGUCGGUAAGAUCGAGCCGCAAAGGCUCUGCCUCUUCUGCUCGUAGAGACUCGACCACCAGCGUCUCGGUCCAACGUGCUUCAUACAAUGAUCCCCCGCGCAGAGCAAGCAUCAAAUCGCAGCCUGAUGUUGAGGCACUUUUCGCCGAUUUCGAUGGCAGCUCAAACUUCGUCAAGGAACAAACCCGACACGAUUCUCCUCAGAUGUCCGUCUCGCGUGCUGACCUGAGUCCCAUCUUGGAAUCACCUUCCAAAGUUCCAAUCACCGAUAGUAGUUCUGAGACAGUCAGUCCCACAAAACCUAGCCACAAUCGCUCAAUCUCCUUGGACGACAACGUCAAGCGUGGUCGCUCCUUGGAUAGAAGCGCACGCUGGUCGAUCGCAUCACCUCUCUAUCUUCCCGAAGAUGCGAAACAACGUGGCAUCACCUUCACACACCCUGUGUACAAGUCGCGACCAGUUCGCAUGUCGGUACCUGCAGGCUUCGCUGCCCCUCCGCUGCCGCCACCAAAGACAGCACUCCCACCUUUGCCCGCACAGCAACCAGCAAAGCCCGUCUCCCCACCUGUUUCACCCACCUCAACAUGGCCUAGCUCCUUCCCAACCAUGCGCAGACCGUCAUCCGCACAGGAUCGCGCAAUUCUCCAGGCUGCUGGACGUUUUGUCAGAAAUGGGCGUGCGUCCAGCAGACCUACAACCCCAAGCCGCCUUUCGCACGUCCAACACGCCAUGCGCACCUCAUCUUCCACAGCUGUGGACUCCCCCAUCACGCCACCAAAGACGACAGCUAGCACUGAUUGCAAGUACGGUGGAGUUGUUUUACCCACUCCACCCAUGUCUCCGCCCGAGCAACACCAGGGCUUCCAGGAAUACCCAGCUUGGAUAUAA